GCAGUCGAAAAAACACUGCGUAGAGCAUGCGCUGCUAGCUCUUCUACUCCCGGGCCUGGGUUGAACGCAAACGGCGUGAACCUCAUCGACGGAAGGAAAUUUUUGCAUCGACAAGUUGAUCAGCUGCGCUUGGGUUGAAACGGGCAUGUCAAGAAAGCCAGCGUUUCCCGGCAUGCGUCCGUCAUUUUAUGAAACCCUUACCCUUCUAGGUAAGGGUGCGCAAACCGUUUGUGCCGAGGGCGAGUACGCGAACAAACGCAAGGGUAAUCCAACAGAAGAGAAAUGCGCUUUUUGUGAACCUGUGCUGAUCUGGUGUCAGUGUUCUCUUUUUGGUGUUCCUGACGGUUGAAAGGAUGGCUGUCUGGUGUGCGAAUCGAGUUUCGGAGGCGGCGACAACACUCGCCUAACUUCGAUUUGCUGCGCACAUCGAUGCACAAUCGAGAGAGACGGCCGCAGUCCCUUCUUAGAAAUUGAAUAUUACUUUGCUUCAACAAACAAGUAAAGCUGGAUGAUGUCUUUUGGUGCUUAGAGACACAAUGUUAGCUCCGGCUUCUUCGUCUUCACCUGCCUGCGGCAGGCUCGCCGGCAUUCCUGAGUAAUGUGUGUGGCUCUGCACAGUAACCGGUUCAAGUAACCGAACGUGCACAUAUAUUAAAUAGUUUUGUACGCCCGCCAAAGGCUUCGUUUUCGGGGGUGUUUCUGCCUCCAUCUGACUCCGAAAUUAACUGAUGCGGGUAUGGGGAAGUGGAACAAGGUUGGAAGUGCGCUGGGUUAGUGAGCCUGAGGAACGUGCAUCGUCUGCUUCGCUAUGUGGUUUGGCGUUUAGAUGUGUGUUUGCCUCCAAAAGGGUGCGUCUGUGUCUUGGAAAAGUCAACAAGAGACGACGUGAGGAAAAAUCCUUGCGUGUCUCUUUUUUAUAUCGAAGAUGGAGGCCGCCCAGAGCAGCGUGUUUCAACAGUGCCACCGGGGUGGCGAGAACAGAACGCACACCUGUGUGCUCGUCGCCGCCUUUGCUCUGCUAGCGCACUGCGUACUGUCAGAUGCUUUUCGAACUCACAUGCCCUCGUCUGCAUCCGUUCAGGAGGAGCGGAUGUCGCCUGAAUCCCAGGAGGGGGGCGCCGGAGGUGACUUCAACGGGAGCCGUCGUGGUACUAACUCUUCCAUGGGAUGGCCAUCUAGCCCCGACGCGACGGCUAAUCUCACAUCAGGCUCACUGGAUGACAGGCCUUUUGACGAGGAUGCCCAGGCGGGGGACGCUGUUGUUGACGAUGGUGGACGCUCCUUUUCGCGUUCUGAUGCAGAAAGUCUCUCAGCCGACACGCCAGUCUUGAGUUCGGCUGCCAGUGCCUACACAGCAGACGUUCCCUCAGUCAAAGGCCUUCAUCCAGCUGGUCCCUAUGCCACGGAUGUUUUUGUGACUCCAGAUCCGAUACAGGAGUAUAUCAGGAGCCCGUCAGGCCCGCAUGUCUCUGUCAACAAGACAGUUGCAGUUUCAGGAGUCUCGAUGUCGACUGCUUCGGAAAAGGGAGCUUUGCAAGUUCCCCCGAGACCAACAGAUUCGCCUCUUCCCUUCGCUUCUGCUGAACAAAAACGUGAGAUGUCCACAACCCCGGCUACACACAAAGAACCUGACACGCAAGUGGCCCUAAACAGUGGUACAGUUGCGGAUUCGUCGAGAAACGAGAAAGGAGCGAGCGAAUUCUUGGUGCGUGUUUCUUCAGGCGUAGACUCAGGGCCUUUGUCUUCACAGAUUCAUCUUCACGGGGGGCUGUCGGAUCAGAAGAGACUGAAGGACGAGUCGUGGACGGGCAAGCAACUGCCAGAGGCGCUGUCGACUUCUGAAGCAAAUGCCACUCCGUCAGAAGGUCCCGGCGCACGUGUCGAGACACAGCACGGCUCUACACGCACGGAGAAUACCGAUUCGCAAGCGACACGUGAUGAGCCGUAUUACCUGCCACCAUCGGUGAGCGGUGAAACGAGACACUAUGUCAAGCUGUGGGCCAUUCUAGCAGACUUCGCCGCGAUGGCUCUCCUGAUCGCCAGCAUCCCCAUCGUUCUCAGCUUGGCUCGGGGAAGAGGCUGGAAGUUCUGGAAAGAGGAGGAUAUGGCGUUUGAAGGGACACGUCAAGGCUCAAGAGAUACGGCGAUAGGGAUACCAGGUUUUGACGACAUAUCGCCUGGAACCAACCGCAGGGGCUGUUACGGUCGCGAGCGAUCGCGCUACUUCCCUGUUUGAGUCUCUCUUUUGAGACGGGGAACAUGCAUUUGACUUAGUAUGCAAAUGAGCAGGUGUUCGUGUGACUGUGGAUGUUGCUAUUUUUAAUUAUUUUUCUGCGGAUCCAUUUAAAGCUGCUACCCCUUUCGUGUAGUCCCCUCGGAAACCACGGGUGAUGAAGUCAGUGUUUUUUUAGGCACCGUAGAGUUCACCUUCUUCGAAGUACUAUGAUUUCCGCGAAUGACAGAAUUGCCUCUAGAUCGGGAUGAUGGGUCACAAAACUGCGACAGGGUAUGGCAGAAAUACCCGCCGGUAGGGCAGAAUGGCCGUCCACGGGGCAGAUCGGACGUUGGGGUUUACAUCCUCCGAAUCAAAACCGAAGACGCCACUGGGGGGUGCGGCCUACAGGGAUGCCCCCCCUUGGUACUAUAAUGUCUCUGUUUAUUCGACUUGAUUAUACAGUUCUGGAUCAUGGAUCAUUUGUACAGAGACAAUAUCUACUUAUAACGUGAUAAUUAAAAUACAUGGUCUAGCUGCCGUCGGUGAUCCUCGCAUCCUCUGCUUGGUGCAAGCACCAACCGCACUACAUGUAUAUAUAUAUAUAUAUAUAUAUGACGUUCAGUAUGAUUCUAAUGUAUCUACAAGGACAGAAUUAUCCGUGCACUGACUUCUUUUACUGACCCGCGACUUCAAAGGUAGCUGCAAUCGGCGUAGUACUUUGCCGCUC